AUGGAUCAAACGGGCCAGAUCCUCGCUACGGCCAACCAGAUAUAUGCCAGGGCAAACGAAACCAGUACCGACCCUACUACACAAACUCGACCACCUACGUACAAGGCUAUUGGUAUAUCAUUGGCCAUCGCAUCUGGCUGCUUCAUCGGAGUAUCUUUUGUGAUGAAGAAGGUCGGGUUACUCAAAGCCAACGAGAAAUAUAACGAAGUCGCUGGUGAGGGUUAUGGCUAUCUCAAGAACGCCUUUUGGUGGGGUGGCAUGACCUUGAUGAUCAUCGGCGAGAUCUGCAACUUUGCUGCGUACGCUUUUACCGAUGCCAUCCUAGUUACGUCUCUGGGCGCCCUAUCCGUCGUUAUCACCGCCGUUCUGUCGGCCAUCUUCUUAAAGGAAAGGCUGAGCAUGGUAGGCCAGGUUGCUUGCUUUCUUUGUAUAGUCGGAUCCGUCAUUAUCGUCUUGAACGCCCCAGAAGAAUCGUCUGUGGCCAACAUACAGGAGCUACAAAAAUUCGUCGUUACGCCGGGUUUUCUGUCUUAUACCGGCGUCAUCAUCAUCGGUGCCCUUUUUAUAGUAUUCUGGGUCGGGCCACGAUACGGACAGAAAAACAUGUUUCCUUACAUCUCAGUUUGUAGCUGGAUUGGGGGAUUGAGUGUCGUCGCUACCCAGGGUUUGGGCGCUGCUAUUGUCGCGCAGGCCGGUGGUACUCCCCAGUUCAACCAAUGGUUCCUAUAUGUUGUUCUCGUCUUCGUGAUAGGGACUCUGUUAACGGAAAUCAUAUUUUUGAAUAAAGCGCUCAAUAUAUUCAAUGCGGCCAUGGUCACCCCGACAUAUUAUGUAUACUUUACCAGCACGACCAUCAUCACCUCAGCGGUUCUUUUUCAGGGAUUUAAGGGCACAGCAAUGCAAAUUGUCACGGUAGUCAUGGGAUUUCUUACUAUUUGCGCAGGCGUUGUUCUACUCCAAUUAUCGAAGUCGGCUAAAGAUGUUCCGGAUACGGCUGUGUUUACUGGAGACUUGGACCAGAUACAUACGAUCGCCGAACAGGAGCAGCCAGAAACGGAACCCAAGGCCGAUGCUAUUCGUGGAGCCGCCGCGAUCGUUCGACGAAUCUCGUUUACGCGGCAGAAGAUGGAAGAACAGGAAUUCCGGCGACUUCGUGAAGAGAAAGAAAUGGAACGUCUUGCGACAGUUAGUGAAGAUGGCUCUCAGGUAUACGAGUGGGAUGGAUUAAGGCGGAGAAGGACUACUACUAUCAGCAGUCACAGAAGCCGUAACAUAGCGACCCCGAGCCCAGUCAACACUCCGGCCGCGCAUUUACCCCUAGGCAGAUCAAGAUUCCCGACGGAAGAUGAAUUGGCCGAGGAACGCAAUCGUCAGAUGUCCCCUAGUAUGUUGUCAAGUAUCGCAGGCACCAUUCGAACUCGGGCCAGGAGUGUUCUACUUCCAGGGCAUCCGGAUUUUCGUUCAUCGGACCAUGUCCCCCAGGUUCAGAGCCCAAUGCAUCCGAUGCAAUUGACUGACAUUGCGGUUCCAGGCCAGAAGUACGGAAACGAACCCGGAAUAUACGGUGCCAGUGCAGAUCAUGUUUACGGACUCCCGGAUGCCCUACGGAAGACGGAAUAUGUUGGCGCCGGGAGCAUAGCAUCUGGUAGUACCGGACGACGUAUCCAAUUCGCGGAAACACUGAAGCCAAGCGCUAGCAUCGAAUCUCUGGCGCCGCCAAUACCGCCACCUCACGCGGAGGCACCCUCAGCACGUCGGCAAUUCUCGUUCCAAAAUGUGUUCCGUCGGCACCAAGCUGACAGUGGACAGGAACCAGCACUACCGAUGUCGAGGGAUCUACCGCCGUCACGCCAUGGUCUGGGCUCACGCGGUUAUUCGGACCGUCAGGCACGGACAAAGAAUGCGACUGAAGAGGAACGACUAGGUCUCGUUAAAGGUGAUUCGAAGUCUACGCCAGCACUACCGCAAUACAACGACGUCAACAUCGACGACGAUAGCGACGAAAGCGACGAUGAUACAUAUGUGGAUGAUAAGAGAGCAGCCCGAUACGGAAGGGGUAUCACGAACAGUCCACUUGGUAGGGAGAGGGACGACAAAGAGGCCGAACUCGACGAUUAUGAAUCGGGCCAAAGAGGUUGGAACGAGAGUCGUCGUGAAAGUAGAGAGGUCGCGCCCCGAAGUUUACCACCGCUGCCACCGCUGCCACCGCUGCCACCGGGACCACCAGGGCCACCAGGAUCAACGGGACCACCGAGACCAACAGGACCGCCGGGACCACCGGGACGACAGAAUCCACCUCGUGGCGGUGACGGGGCUUUUAUCUAA